AUGAGGAUACCGCAGUCGUAUAUUCAGAAAUGCAAGGUGGUGGGACAUGUCUUCCAGUCCAUCUUCAUCUUCGUGGGGCUGUGCAUCACCAUUGCAGUCUUCACAAAGGAUGGAGAGACGGGCGGUGCGACUAGGUAUUAUCUCGCUUUGUGCUUCCUCUCGAUACCAGCCAUAAUCUACCUCGUCAUGGUCCCCAUGUGGUCCCGCGCCGCACGCUUCGCAAACGCAUUUGCCUUCCUCGCCGUCGACGUCAUCUACACGAUCCUCUGGUUUGCCGCCUUCGUCGCAGUCGCCAUGUGGAACAGCAGCGGCAUCAAGGAGGGCGCAGCCGAGAAGAAAAUCCCCGACGACCAGCGCAACUGCACGACCUUCAAAUGGGGCAGCGAGAGCAAAUGCAACACCAGCAAAGCCAGUGUCGGCGUAGGCGUUGUCAUCUUGUACGUCCCCAUCACAUAUCCAAACAUCUCGCAUACUAAUAAAUAUCUCAGCCUCCUCUUCGCCCUCACAACCGCCGUAUCCGGCUACUAUCUGCACAAAUUCCUCCGCGAAGGCGUUCUCCCCUACGAAUCCAAAUCCGUAAACCCGCACUACAUGACCGGCGACACAUCCAAGGACAACGCCUGGUCCGCCGAGAUCGAAACCGGCCGCGAUUCAGAGGACCGCAUGACGGAACAUGGUGGUAACCAGCAGGAGGACGAGUACGCGCUACUGCAUAGCACGGAAACGGAUGAGGGCAGGCAUCCUGGCAGGCCGCUGAGUUGGGGUGCAAAGCCGUAUGCGGACUAUAGGCAGAGCGCGGGCGCGGAUGCACUGAGUCCGGGCGGGUAUGAGGAGUUUAGGAGAGAGGCGAGUGCGAGUGCCGGGCCUGAGAGACAGGCGAGUCAUGGGGGGAGCGGGUAUAGUUUUGCGCGGUGA